CUUAGGCUCCUAUGAUUGAGGUUUCAAGUAGGGGCUAAAAUUGCAGUUGAGGUAAGAGAGUUGAAUUCACGCCGGAGAAGGUAGGUACCAGGUAGCCCAACUGUGCGUCCAUGUCUGAGGCAGAGAGGUAGAAGGAGUGGCCCCUGAAGGUGUAGUGGCCUGUGAAUGUGUUUGUGUGGAUGUGUUCGUUCUUGACAUGGGAGUGUGCAUGUGUCAUAUGUGCUUGAGCUCUUCUGUCUUGAUUCUUUGCAUGUGUGUGCACAUAUUCAUGAGUGUACACAUCAUUGUAUAUACAUUUGUGUCUAAAUGCAUGUGUAUGCAUAUGGGUAUACACUAUGUCUAUGAAUGUGCACCUGUGUGCAAAUGAGGGUUACUGUAUGUUGUGUGUGCAUGUGAAUGUUUGCAUAUAUAACACAUACAUAUAGACAUGUGUGCAUGCGUGUAUGCACAUGAGGGUGUGUCUCUGCAUACAUGUAGUCCCAAGAAGGAAUUCACAGAUGUGAGGAUGUGGGGGCAUUUCCUCAGGAACCCCUGUGUCCUGCUGGCUGCCCCCUCUUCCUGCCCUGAGGGGAGAGGCCCUCGCUACAUAAAGAGGCCUGGAGCCGCCACUCCUGAUGGUGGUCCAUGCCUGCUGCUGCUACCUCCUAGGCCCUAGUCUGGAGUGUCAGUGCUGAAUGCUUGGGGGACUUCUGCCUCAAAGCUUCCCAGGAGCAGGUCCCACCUGCUCGCUCCCAUGACCAACAUGAGCUGGAGCUUCCUGACGCGGCUGCUGGAGGAGAUCCACAAUCAUUCCACCUUCGUGGGCAAAGUGUGGCUCACUGUGCUAGUGGUCUUCCGAAUUGUGCUAACGGCUGUGGGUGGCGAGUCCAUCUAUUCGGAUGAGCAAUCUAAGUUCACCUGCAACACGCGGCAGCCGGGCUGUGACAAUGUUUGCUACGAUGCCUUCGCGCCCCUGUCACAUGUGCGCUUCUGGGUCUUCCAAAUCGUGGUCAUCUCCACCCCUUCUGUCAUGUACCUGGGCUAUGCAGUCCACCGCCUGGCGCGCGCCUCAGAGCAGGAGCGCAGACGCGCCCUCCGUCGUCGUCCCGGUCAUCGGCGCGUGCCCCGGGCUCAGCUGCCACCGCCGCCUCCUGGCUGGCCGGAUGCCACCGAUCUGGGUGAGGCGGAGCCCAUGCUGGCGCUGGAGGACGAGGAGGACGAGGAGCCGGGGGUGCACGAGGGCCCGGGGGAAGACGCGGAGGAGGAGCGCGCAGAGGAUGUGGCUGCCAAGGGGGGUGGAGGUGAUAGCAAAACGGUGGUCACUCCCGGACCGGCCGGGCAGCACGAUGGGCGAAGGCGCAUCCAGAGGGAGGGCUUGAUGCGCGUGUACGUGGCCCAGCUGGUGGUAAGGGCGGCCUUCGAGGUGGCCUUUCUGGUGGGCCAGUACCUGCUGUACGGCUUCGAGGUGCCGCCCUUCUUUGCCUGCAGCCGUCAGCCUUGCCCGCACGUGGUGGACUGCUUCGUGUCGCGGCCAACCGAGAAGACGGUCUUCCUGCUGGUCAUGUAUGUGGUUAGCUGCCUAUGCCUGCUGCUCAACCUCUGUGAGAUGGCGCACCUGGGCCUCGGCAGUGCGCAGGACGCUGUACGCGGUCGUCGGGGAACCUCAGCACCGGGUCCUGGCCCGGUGCCGCGCCCACCUCCCUGCGCUUUCCCGUCUGCGGCUGCAGGCCUGGCUUGCCCUCCCGAAUACAGUCUGGUGGUGCGCGCGGCUGAGCGGGCGCGCGCGCAUGACCAGAAUUUGGCUAAUCUGGCCCUGCAGGCACUGCGCGAUGGGGCGGCGGCGGCGGUGGCCGCAGAUCGGGACAGCCCUCCAUGUUCAGGGCUCAAUGCAACCUCUCGGGGGCCACCCAGGGCGGGUGGCCCAGCUUCCGGAACCGGUAGUGCCACUUCGGGGGGCACCGUUGGGGAGCAGGGCCGACCCGGGGCUCAGGAACAACUGGUCACUAAGCCUAGGGCGGGCUCUGAGAAGGGCAGUACAGGCAGCAGGGAUGGCAAGGCCACUGUGUGGAUCUGAGGGCACUGGGGAGAGCUCAGGGAGGGCCUAGCCUAAGGGUUCAAUGGAAAUCUUUGUUCUCAACCAGUGGCCACUGACAGAUCCCCUUAGGGGUCUUAAGAGGAAGCUGAAGCCCCCUGAGAAGUGCUGGCUCAGGUACCUCCCUGCAGGAUGUGGAGAGGAGUCACCAGGGACUUGUCUGUGUCCCCUGGGUGGGGGGAGGCGAGCUGUGUCCCAGUAACUGACUGCCCCUCCAGGCUAUUAAACAGGAUGACCCCUCCGCUGGGCCCCUCAGCGCUUUCUUUUAGGCUCUCCUGCAGCUUCCCCGUAGAAUAGAGGUAACUGGCAAGAACCUUUUGGGGACUGUGUUUAUCCUCACUGCAGCAACAGGUGGGUUCCUCUACAGCCCCCUCAGCCCUGGCGAAGUCAGAGAGAAAUCUCAGGUCAAGGACAAGCAGGUAGCCUUGGGUCUACUUGCAGCUCUUGGCUCCCUGUGUGAGGCGGCUAAGACCUGAAGGAGACCUGGGCUGAGUACAGCCUCCUCUCCCUGAGCUGAGGUAGCCAGGCAUGGGCCGUUUCUAGGACAUCCUGGAAAUUCUGUCAUGCCUUGCAGCUUAGAUCCAUAAGGCUGUGGUCCAGAGCCGUGUUUUUGGCCAUGCUGGAAAAUUAGAGCUCUGGGGAGCCUAGACCCAUCUUUUGUGCCCUUCUCCCUGUUUUAAAGCCAACUUCUGGA